UUCUAUGACUUAAGCGUAAAACAUUGUGUAGUAGGGUGUUACAUUAUGGUAUCAGAGCAGUUCGUUCCUAUAGAGCCUGAGGACAGACUGAUUGUGCUUUUGUGCAUUCUCUGUGUAUGUGUUUAUGUGCUAUUAGGAUAUCUAAUUGAUAUAUGUGGCAUAAAUGUUCCUGAGCAUGCAUUUGGGACUUAAAGCACUGAACUUGAGAUAUUGAGACUGAUCAACUUGAUAUCACUUGUUUGGUGUGUAUAGGGACCAGAUGUCUACUCGCGGACGCGGACGCGGGCGAGGUAGAGGCCGAAUAGGCAAUGCCAUGCCUGAGGCAUCAGGAAACACUCCUAAUCCUAUAGACUUCAUGGCCGCAUUAGGCAAUAUGGCAGCAGCAAUGCAAGCGACAGCUGAAGCCCUGGGAAACCAAAUUAAUAAUGGAAACAAUGGUAACAAUGACGAGAAUGGUCCAAUGUCACUGCAUUCCUUCCUGAAGGUUCACCCUCCAAUUUUCAGAGGGACCUCGAAUCCGACCGAUGCUGAUAAUUGGAUACAGGCCAUUGAGCGAGCAUUACAGGCUCAACAGGUUCCGGAUGAGCAAUGGGUUGAGUUUGGGACUUACCAGUUGCAUGGUGAAGCUCAGCACUGGUGGCAGGGCAUGAGGCGCAUUCUGCAACCUGAUGGGAUUGUGAUAUCUUGGGAGUUGUUCCGAGAUGAAUUCUAUAAAAAAUAUUUCCCCACUUCAGUUAGAAAUGCCAGAGAACUUGAACUGCUUCAGCUUAAACAGGGGCAGAUGACUAUCACUGAAUAUACCAGUAAAUUUGAGGAAUUGUGCCGCUUCUCACGCAUCUGUCAAGGAGCUCCUGAGGACUUUGCUGAGUGGAAAUGUAUAAAGUAUGAAGGAGGCCUUAGGAGUGACGUUCAGAGUUUUGUGGCGCCUAUGCAGAUUCGGGUGUUUUCUGAGCUGGUGAAUAGGAGCAGGGUGGCGGAGGAAUGUGUCAGAAGAGCUGCAGCAGAAAGAGGGAGUCUGAGGACGCCAUUCUAGAGGACCACAGGGAGAAACUUUGCACCCAGAGGCAGACAGUUCAAGCGUGGUGGCUUUGUUCCUCAAAACAAUCAGGGGCAAGGCAGCUCCAGGAGGUCUAAUACCAGUGCUAAUCAGGGAAGGAGACAGGGAAAGCAGCCACAGCAGGAUAUGAGUUGCCACAGAUGUGGGAAGUAUCACUCAGGACCAUGCAGGUUUGGGACUGGAGUCUGUUACUCUUGUGGGCAGCCGGGACACUUGGCUAGUAGUUGCCCCGAGAAGAAGGGGUAUGAGACAGGCAGGGUGCAGCAACCAGGAAGGGUAUACACUACUUCUUCUAUAGGCGCUGAAGGGUCAGAGGCAUUGAUCCGAGAUGCAGGUCGAGAGGCUCCUCGCUAGGCGUCUGGAUUCGGGAAAGCGAAGUGGUUCUUGGGUGUAUUUUGGUUUCUAUUUGUAUAUAUGUAUAUAUAUGUGUAGCUUACUCUCCAAGUAACUUAUGUAUGCUGCUCCUCUUAGAAGUUGAGGGAGAGAUAGGAGUUUACUUUGGUAUAUUUUGGGGACACUUAUGUAUGUUUAUGUGUAUAUAUGUAUCCUCCGGCCAGCCUUAGCUUCGCAGA